GCUAUCGUUCGUAGUAGCCCAGAAAUUACCAGAAUCUACUAACGUCACGUCACAGACCGCAGCACGCUCUACAGCGAGGCUGUUGUAUCCUUAAAGUAGCAUUUUUGCUUACUUGCUUGAUCUCCUUCUGUUACGCAUACACAUAUGUAUCGUGCACGCAUCCUACAUGCGUUCAUAUACGCACACACAAAAAUGCGUGCACCACACAUGAAAACAUACAAGUCCACAUACAAUCUGUACAACUGUGUUUUCUACAGUAGGCAUCAAACGUCUCGCGUCAUCGGGAUGUUACGGGCCGAUUAGGGCCUUCGCUCCACAACAAAACUCGCAAAAUACAGCCGUUUCAUGCGCGCUACUUUAGCGUUAAUUUCAUGCGCAUACGUGUGUGCAUACGCCUGCACGUGCACAUAUAUCAAUAUAUAUGUAUGUACACCUGAAUAGAUCUCGCGCAUAUAUGCGCAUAUAUUUUUGUAAGCCCUCAGUCGCGCGGAAUCGCAGAAUGCUUUUAUUCGCGAUUGAUUGAACCGCCGUUCACGUCCGAUUUGCCGCAGAAAGAAAGAUUCAACGUUGCGAUCCCCCCUCCCCUCGUACGUUGGUAAGAAUGAGCGAAGCGGAGCCGUGGAAAGUGGUGGAUUAGAAAAUUGUCGGCUAAAAGAGGCCUCGUGUGUGAGACGGUUGAGAGGUGCGAGAUUUCAAUUGUGAGAGGAGAAAUGCGCGAGCGCAACUGCUUCAUCGCGACGAAAUGAUAUCGCACGUCCAUUCCGGAUCCGCACAAGUAUGAGAAGGGCCUCAAGGAUCUCGUGCACGUCCCGCCCGAGAAUCCGAUGCUGUUCUGAGGGGAGCGCGGCUCCCGGGCUCGUAUGUGCGUUUGGAGUAACUCGUCGAAUCCUGCGUACAGGGUUCUGUGGCGAUCGCAAGUAAAAAAACGUGUCGCACGUAUCAUGAAUGUGGUCAGCAUAGCAGAGAGGUGGUGUCGAGAAGGUGGUUGACACGCCUUCAUAUAUUUGAGAUGAUUGAAAGUGUAUCUCGCAGAGCGUUGAGUGGCUCCAGUGGGAGCUACCACGUUCGUGGUGCUGAAUUAGCGAGGAAUCGCAGACUAAAAUCUUUAUCAGCCACUGUUACUUUUCUAGACGAUACACAGCAUACGUUUCAAUUAGAUAAACGAGCAAAAGGACAAGUUCUAUUGGACUUGGUGUUUCAACAUUUAGAACUUAUUGAAAAGGAUUAUUUUGGUUUGCAAUAUCUCGAAAAUGGUGUUAGCUUAACUAUUCCUACAUCUGACGUAAUGAGAUGGCUGGAUCCCUCUAAAUCUGUGAAAAAGCAGUUAAGAAGUAAGGGUGGACAUUUCUUUUUCAGAGUAAAAUUUUAUGUAUCUGAUCCUAGUAAGUUGCAAGAGGAAUAUACCAGAUAUCAAUUUUAUUUACAAAUACGUAGAGAUAUUCUUCAAGGAAAACUUCAGUUGUCACCUAGUACAGCUUGUUUAAUCGCCAGUUAUACAGUUCAAUCGGAAUUAGGAGAUUAUCAUCCAGAAGAACAUGGGCCAGGCUAUCUUUCGCAAUUGCAAUUAAUACCUGGACAAACAGAAGAAAUGGAAAAGAAAAUAUCGGAAUUACAUAAAUUGCACAAGGGACAAUUGCCAGCUGAUGCAGAAUUUAACUUCUUAGAUCAUGCAAAGCGUUUAGAUAUGUAUGGGGUGGAAUUACAUAAAGCAAGGGAUUCAACUAAUAAAGAAAUACAGUUAGGUGUUACAUCGAUUGGUCUGGUUGUAUUUCAGAAUGGAAUAAAAAUUAAUGUGUUUUCAUGGUCAAAAAUAGUUAAAAUCUCUUUUAAAAGAAAACAAUUUUUUAUACAGCUUCGACGAGAACAAUCUGAAAACUACGAUACAUUAUUAGGUUUUAAUAUGCAAACUUAUCGUAGUUCCAAAAAUUUAUGGAAAGCAUGUGUUGAACACCAUACCUUCUUUAGACUUCACAGUCCUAAGAUGCGAACGAAACGAUUUCCCCUUACUUUAAGUAGUAGAUUUACGUAUUCGGGACGUACGGAAUUUCAAACUGUUGAAGAUGGAAAACACAGAGCGCGUGUAGAAAGGACAUUUAUACGUUUUCAAUACUUUAGAUCACCUAGUAAGAAAAUUGCUCAUACUAUUACAACGGCAGCUAUUACUGAAGACAAAGGAAAACUGACAAUACCUCCUGGAAGACCUCCACGAUCUUAUGACAAUAAGGUUCAGUCUCUCGGUGCUCGUGAGCCCCGCCAAGCAUGGGGUGAAGGAAAUCCAAGUGACGAUGAAGGUGGUUUUUUAUCUUUGAGGGAAGAAAUAACAGGAAGCUACACGCAAGGUGGAGCGUUUUCUCCAGCGUUAGGGUCUCGAGUGUUCAGUUAUGCUGAUGAUGAUACAACUGCAGAAAGAAAUAUUUAUGAUUUGCCAGAUUAUAGCGAACCUACUAGCUCACCGGCUCCACAAAUACUAGAAGACGGUUUAGUAACCAUAUCUUUAACGCCAGACGAACAAGGUCGUUUUGGUUUUAACGUGAAAGGUGGAUUAGAUUUAGAUAUGCCAAUCUUGGUAUCACGAGUAGCACCGAAUACACCCGCCGAUCGUUGUUAUCCAAAAUUAAAUGAGGGAGAUCAAGUUGUUUACAUCAAUGGAAUCGAUGUGAGUGGUUUAAUGCAUGAACGCGUAGUAAAUUUAAUACGACAAUCACGCGAUCGCGGAUCUGGUGAACUUACUUUAACUGUCAGACCUAAUGCUUUAUAUAAUGCAUUAGCUGGCACCGACGAGACUUCGGAAGAGGAACCGCCUUAUAGGUACGUACCUGAUGCACCUCAUGCAGCUAUUGGAUCUGAUGCACUGGCUCAAUCUAUGUUGCUGCUUGCGGAUGGUCUAGCAAGCGGUGCUCUUAUUGCACAAUAUGAACAAUUAUACAGAAAAAAUCCGGAACUUACGUCACUUGAAUCGAAAAAACCAGAAAAUCAAUCAAAAAAUCGCUAUCGGGAUAUUUCACCAUAUGACGUUACUCGAGUAAUCUUAAUGGGAUCUGCAAAUGGAGAUUACAUCAAUGCCAAUUAUGUAAACAUGGAAAUACCAGGUUCAGGCAUUAUUAAUAGGUAUAUUGCUACGCAAGGUCCCUUGUCUUCCACCGUUGCCGAUUUUUGGCAAAUGGUUUUAGAGGCAGGUAGUACACUUGUCGUUAUGCUCACAACCCUAGUUGAACGUGGCCGUACAAAGUGUCAUCAAUACUGGCCAGCAUAUAACGAGACUCUCACAUUAAGAAAUCUCACACUUACAUCGACUGCAGAAAAUGUCGAGGAUACAUUUAUUUUUAGAGAAUUUAUACUUCGUGAUGUUAAUACUGGAGAAGAAAGGGAUAUAACACAUAUGCAGUAUUGCAGCUGGCCCGAUCAUGGAGUGCCCAAUGAUUGGCGACAAUUUACUACUUUUACAGAACGUGUCAGGGCAGCUCGUACUGGAAUAGUUGAACCUGCGGUUGUACAUUGUUCCGCUGGAAUAGGACGGACCGGUGUAUUAGUUUUAAUGGAGACUGCGUUGUGUUUAAUUGAAGCUAAUCAACCAGUGUAUCCAUUAGAUAUUGUACGCUCUAUGAGAGAUCAGAGAGCAAUGAUGAUACAGAAUGCUAGUCAAUAUAGAUUUGUGUGUGAAGCAGUCCAUAAAGCCUAUAGCGAAGGGAUAGCUAAGCCACUUCCAGAGUUUAGUAGAUGAAAGUGAAAUUCAAAAUGGGCAGCAUUUUGUAAUUAUACCAUUUCUUCUCUUUCAUACAUCUUGCAUCAAGCAUCAUGCCAUUAGGAAGUAGUUUUAUACUUUGACAAUAACAUAAUAUAUAUUUAAUAUAGCAUAUCCUAGUAAAAAGAAGCAGAUGUUUACUACGUAAAGUACAUACAUACAUAACUGACGUCCAGCUCUCAUUCACUACUGUAAAAUGUCUAUUUCUUUUUAAUUUUAUUAUGCACAGAAAAUAUAUUUAGUUUUUUAAGUGAUUUAUUUUAUUUCUUUAUGCAAAACAAUGUUUUGUAUAAAAUGUGAUCAUGUUUUUUUCGCGAGUAUUAAUGCUUUAUAAUUAAUUUAAAAUAUUUCUAUAAGACACAUUUAGAAAACCUCAAAAGAAUAAUAUGUACUAUGAUAUAUUAUUACUAAAUUUGUAAUAUAAAAAUAGAUUUAAUCAUAUAUAUAAUAAAGUUUGUAAGAUAUAUAUCUAUGAAAGUUUAAUCAUAGAUUAAAUGAAU